AUGCAGCCCGCCCUCCCGUUCUGUAGGGUUGGGAGGCCUACGACGACUGCGCGCGCAUGCCCUUUCCCCGAUAGUCGUCAUGACGCAGCGCUGCUGCGCCGAUUGUCUGCACGUCCCGGCUCAGCACCGCCGGACGGCAGGCGGCCCUCUGCGCCUAAGGCAGGCACUCUCCCUCUCCCCAGACCUACUGGUGGUGCGACAGAUGCAGCUGCGCCUCCAGUACAUGCGAGUCAAGCUGCCGUGUUCCCCCCCACCUUCGGAUUCGCGUCGCCCACGGCCACAGUGCCUGUAGUGUCCCUGCCGCAUAUCACUGUCAACGUUUGCUCCCACGGCCUUCCCGCGUCCAUCACACGUACCAACCCCUCAACUAUUUCUCUUGGGGUUGGAGGUGACACAGACGCGCUCGCAACUGCCACAGCGUCAGGCCGGCCUCUUUCAGCUCCCCUCGUCUCUGUUUCCAUCGUUGGAAUGACCCCCACACCAACUGCGGCCGACGCCCUCGUCCUCUCUCACCCGCCCGCGCCGACAAUCCGCCGCACACAAGGCGGAAACGAAGCCCUGCCCUCCUCUAAUCACAUACGCCACACGGAAACGUACCCGCAAGUACAGCGGCCUCCUACGCAGUUGACCCCGCUCCCCUCUUCACACGCGGGCAGCUCCGGUUUCAGUGUAGGCCCCUUUGCAUUACCUCCCGCUGUUCCCAGUGCCUGGACAGAAGACGGUGUGCGGACAGCGCAGCUCGCAUCGUACGGCAGCUGCUUGCGGACACCGCCAGGAUUUCACACGACGUCCACCACUGCUGCGUCCUCGUUUGACAGGUCCAGUGUCUGGACAGGUGCCUGCCAACAGCCGCGAGUGGUUUGCUCAGACUGCAGUUCUUCUCCAGAGGUGGGCACUCCCGAGCGACUUGCGCUAAGGAGGGUGGCGUCUCUUCCUGCCGAGGGUUUCGCGAGAUAUAGGACAGGAAACUACGCAGAACAGCAGGCGCACUGCCCGGGAGAUUUCCCAACUUUUUCAGAUCCCGAUGGAUUUCUUGCUGCGCCGGGAGAUCCAAACGAGUCGUAUCGUUCUCCGGUCUGGCAGGUCGCGGCGGACGAUGCGCCGGCGCCGCCCGCCACCGGCGGACCUGUGCCACCUUUUCAGCCAAACAAACUGCAGCCAGAAAGCGGCAUUCGUGGCCAUCUGCCAGGCUAUAAGUCUGCCAAGGAGUCUGCGGCUUGUUAUGCGACACCUUGGGAGAGGCCUGCAAAACAUGAGGGCCGUCCGCCGGCUCCACACAUGCCGGAACCUUCCGCCGCUGCGCCUAGCGGCGGCACAUCUGUACCCAUCCGCUUGGGGGACGCUUCUGCACCUCCAGUCUAUCACCGCCUUGCGCUCCCCACAGACGCGCACGAUUUUCACUCUGAGGAGGAAACGUACCCGCCAUGUGUGCUAACCGAGCUAACACAGAGAUUAGCUCCUCUCUCCGUUCCGCGGGCCCCACCUGCAGAUGCGCCUGGAGGCUCGCCUCUAGGGAAUCACCCGCUGCUGCAGAUUCGUUGUCAGGAGAAUCAAGAAAGCCGGCAUGCAAAGUCGACAGGACCCGUCCCCUUAUGCGAGCGUCGUUCUCAGAGCGUACCGCGUUACACUCCGGAGCAUUCGCAGCCGACGAUUUCACCAGGAGGGAUUGCGCUUAGGCGCAAGAACAGCUGCCCGUGCUUUGCCUCGUACAUGCCAGAGGGAUAUCGUGGAGCACCGCCAGGUGAGCAGGGGGUGACGAAUGCUGACAUGCACUAUGGCAAUAUACGGACCCUACAAGCUGCUCCGUCGGUUUGGCCGGCUGCAGCUGUCCCCAGUGGUGCUCGACAGGGGCCGCGGCCCCCGCAGACAAGCGUGCCAUUCUCUCGCGUAGACCAUGGGCUCCCACAAGCGCCGUCGCCUUCCCGCCGAGUUGCACACAGUUUGCACGGGGACGACUCGUAUCCACCUGUGGGCGGGUACGCGGCGCGGCAAGCCCCCGAGGCCGCAGCCCUUGGCGACUGCAUCUGGAGUCCUCCGGUGAAUUGCCGACAAGCCGCAGUCGCCCUUGGGAGCGCCAGCGAACGGCCGAACGUCGUUCCGAGCUCUCGAAGCCGUUCGGCAUCCGCCGAGCUGAGACACGAGUUCGCUGGCGCUGGUCUAGCCGAGCACGGCGCAACCACGGUGACAAUGCCUACAGGCCCAAUGCGUGUUUCGAGUCAGAUGUCACUGCUUCCUCUCUCCCAUCAGCCUUGCAGUUACGGGCAGGAGCUCGAUUUUCCGAACCCGCUGCCGCGCAACGUAGAGUCAAACGCUUUGGCCUGCUACAGGACAGCACAUUAUCAUCAGAUCCCACGGCUCUCCCAGACCCAACCUGACAUGUACCACCUGACCUCUCCGAGAGCUCCAGAUACGCACACUUACAUUGAAAGCGACGGCUUCGACAGCGGUGAACGCCGCAACGGAGGUCACCAGUUUCACGGCUGUGGGUCAGCAGCUAUCCGGUCAUUCUCAGAGCCGGCACGCAGCCACGCAUAUAGCCGCACCAGGUCUUGGAAGGCCGCAACCGACUCAACCCUGAUGGCCUCGCCAGUGUGCCUCGAAAACCGCGAAUCAGCGCACGCCACCCGGUACCUUCCGGGGCGGUCUACUGGCACACCACCUGCUUCACUCGAACCUUUACACCACCCUCAUGAGUCGAUGGCACAGCGUGUGCCCGGACCGGUUCUGUCGCCACGAUGCUCAGCAUUUGCGUCGCAUGUAGCGGCUCAAAGGUCUAUGCCAGGGCAUACCGCUGAUGCGGCAAGUGCUUCAUUGCUGCCAGCGCCUUCUCUCCAGGGGGCUGGCGGCGAAAGUGAGGACGGGUUGCUAGCGCCUGCCAAGCGCGUCGGCGAGCUAACGCCCCAUAAUCCGCCGCACGCCCAAUUGUUGGAGCGCGGCAAUGAGGCCGCAUGCUCUCCGAGAGAUGGUGGCGGAGUCAUUCCCCUGUCGCUUACGAAUUUUGCAGAGCCUGGAGCAGCAUGGGCUACAGCGGUUAGGCAGCAGCACGCAGCAAACGCAGCAACCGCUCGAGCCUGCGGGAGUUGCAGUGAAACGGUCUGUCAACCCCGCUGCCUGCCCACCGCGUCUUCUCCAGCCCAACGGCCUGCGUGGUCGCCUGUGGCUCAUCAGCCUCAGCCACCCUCUGUGCCUCACAUGCUGGGCUGUAACACAAGAAUGCCGCUCCAUGCAAGAAGCACAGCGGGCACUCCCGUCGCCGAGCGACCUUCCACUCCGAUCAGCUUUGGGCUAGAUCGAUCCCCCCCGCCUGCGGAGAGGGGCUGCAUGACACCGUCGCGCUCUCAGGGCCUCAGACACCCUCUGGCGGGCGCGUCAAAGCAGACCACAGGGGGCAGCACUGCGUCGAGCCUCCUCACAGUUGGUGCAGCUUCGGAAUCGGUGGCCUGCGCGAGCGGGAGUUCGUGUGCGACGUUCCCCGGUGAUUCCCAAAGCAGGCUACUGGCGGAGUCUGCGCAGAAUAGACUGACUGUCCAAACGCAGGAUUCUCUUGUGAAUUGUCAAAAUACCUCGGGACAUAGAGCCUCUGGAAUAGAGAUGUACGCGCACUUUCCGUUGUCGCCGUCGGUGGGUACGGUGACGGGGUCUAGCCUUCAACUAACCGGGGAGCCACAUACACUGAAGCGCAGUCUCGUGACUUCCGAUUGCGUCCAAGGCCCCGCAAGCGGCCUUCGCAUCUCUGCACCAGGCACAGCUCGCGAGUCCUUUGAAUCACGGCAGCCUGCCGCGACUGGCAUAGCCGCGUGCAAAAGUGGAGGCCUCAGACGCAAUGCACCUCCAGGGUGGACUACGCAGGACGGCGAAAGCAGCUUGCCAACCCUAAAAGGCUGUGGAGAUCUCGUUUCCUCUGCUCCAUCCUCUGGCUGCUCUCUUGAUAGCGCUGCUGUCACACCUUGCUCACUGGCUCUUGAAACGUCAUCGCGAGGGCGGACGCUGUCGGGGCAGGCCGGGCAGGCUGCCUGGGGAGAGCAAUCUGGUCUUUUAACCACGUGGGAAGAAACGCAUGGGCACAGCCCGUGUCGUUCGUCUCAGGUGGAGCAGUCGGGUUCUGGCGCCCGCUUUCCCCCGGCGUCUCCUCGAGAGGGGGCCCUCGACGUGACUCGUGUGUCGACAAGCCGUCCUGGAAGCGAUGCGUGGAGAGGCAGCAGCGGACUCACUGCUCAGGCCAGCAGCUGGGGGAGCUUGGCCGCGCAGAGCUUCUCCACAGGGUCCCUUGCGUCUCGCGCAGCCGCGGCAACCAGCGCAGAUGGGGCCGUGCCGCUCGUCGGCGCUGCGCCUCAGUGGAGUCAGAGCCUCUUGGGCAGCACACUGUCAAACGCCCCCGAACACCGGACUCGUUCCACUCUUGAGGCACAGCAGUACCUCCCAGCUACCCAAAACAGUGAAAUAGCGCGUGUCGUCCCUUUGGAUGGAAGUGCAAGUCAGCUGUGCCAUCUGACUCAAAUGGGCUCCCAGACGCCCGCGUCCUGCAGGGCAAGUGGAGUAUCGCCUCGCGCUGCAGGGGCAUCCACAGAAAGCGAGUGUGGAGUAGGCCUCCGUCAAGAGUUGCGACUUUGCUCCAGCCGAUGCAGGUCGCCCCGAGACAUGCUAUCCCAGUCGUCCGAACUGUUGUCGCAUGCCGUGAGUCCCGCGGUAGGGCUAGGCGACCUUGCACUGUCGAGCUGCGCGUCGCCGCUGGCUCGCCGGAACGUCAUCGUGGGGGAUGGCGGCAACACACCUUGCAGCGGUUCCGGCCGGCUGGUGUGUGGCGACGGCGGCACGGCCUCUCCUGAGUUUGUGGAUGGGACUGCUGAAGUGCUGCACACGCCUCCAAUGCAUCCGCAAACUCCCACCUCUUGCCGGGGAUCAACAUCGCGGUCGGUGGCAACCUCACGGAUUGCGGAGCCACACUCUCCCCACGGAACACCACCUGUUUCCCCAAGGCCAGAGAACUUGAGGGAGCAUUCGCCUUCGUCACUCCCAGCUCCAGGCGGAGAUGAGACUCACAGUACCCUUCACCAGUAUCCGUUUCAGGCUGGUUCGCAGGCGAUCGCGUCAGGUGAGACGCCGCCGUCAAUGUCCCCGAGGCACGCGCGUUGUUCUAGUACCUACGCAGGAACUUCCGCGAGCUCGCUGUCCCCCGCAGCGCCUGUCCGCUCACCGUCCAGUGUGACGAGCUGUCACUCAGUUGCACAUCCGCUGACCGAGGCGGCGCCUUCAGACACAGGCCGCAGCCGCGCAAGUGUUUCAGAAUGCCGGAGCCUGCGGCUGGGGGAGGCGCUAGACACCACGACAGACAUCGGCUCGCUGACGACGUCGCGUUCAUGUCUGGAUAUAGAGCAGCUGUUUCAGACCCCCGUCUCGCAGCAAGACAUGCGGUCUCCGCUACGCCUUUCUUGUCUCGAUACACAGUUGUCGUCACGAACCUCUCCCUCUGCGUAUGAAUCUGCCGCGUUCGGCUCCCCUACCGACUUGUCCCCAGCGAACUCCAACCGAUCUCGAACUAUAAUUCCUCUCGCCCUCCCCGCGGCGGAGCCUGCUUCCGUGAGAAGCCAGAGUAGCUACGGGGGCGAGAGCAGCCGCCGUCCCCGAGCCUCGUCUCCCACUUUCUUUUCAAAGCGAUCUUCGAGCCCUGCAUCAUCACCUGGAUCUUCCUUCGCAGCCACAGCGCGAGCCGCGGCUUCAAGUUCCCCAUUUGCCCGCUCGGGUGCGUCGAACGUGGGCACGCCAGUGACGGCAACGGGCAGCACUUCGUUGCAGGUGUCACAGGCAGCGUCUGUGGGAGCGUGGACGCCGCUUCGGGCAAACCUUUUUUCCCCGGGUAGCGCCUUUCAGUCGACGCCUGUCCCCUACUCUCCCAUCGACGCCAUUUCGCCUUUCAACGGUUCACACGCUGUGCAGGUGAGAUCGCCGCUCGGAAGGAAUCGGCGCGUCCCAGGCUUGCGGCCUCAGUCUCCGUCCAGCGCCGCCAGGGAGUCUCCAAGAGGGGGUCGGAAGGCAGCUCUGCCCAGGAGGGACCGCGCAAGCGGCAAACGCUCACCCUUGUUCUGCGUCCCCUCGCCGUCUCCAAGUUCGGCCGACGGUGUGCGAUCGAGCGCAUUUCAGUCUCGGAUGCGUCCAGCCGGAAGAUUCCUGGAGCAAGGAUCUCCCUUCUUCCCUUCCACCGCAUCGUCACCCAACGUUGGCGACUCACCGCUAUGCCCCCGCCGCGGCGAAGCAGCGCCCGGUGUGCAGGAAAGCGACGCUGUCGAGGUCGGCUCGUCUUUAACACUUUCCGCAGAUCGGCAAACCGAAGGCGAGAUUUCACGACCUCGCACUUCUCCGACCUCCACAGCAGAGGCUGUUGGGGCAGCGGCAGCUAAGGCUGCUCAAGCUCAGUCAGCUGAUGCGAUCAGUGCUGCAGCUCGAGCAAACAUGCCGGCAGCUGUUGCAGCUUCGCCUUCCGUUCUGCAGGUGCUCGGAGAUACUUCCCCUGCUGUCUCGCCCCUCGUUUCGCCAAUCGGGCUUGCCGGUUGCUUACGCCCCGGUCUUGAGGCCACGCCGCGGUCUCAUCUGGGCCGCUCUACACCUCCAGCGAAUGGUUCGCCUCCCUCCGAUUCUCCGUCGCCGCCUUUGCGCUUUCCACAGCCUCACGUCUCAUCUCUACAGACCGCGCCAGCGGCCGCCGCGCAGCUGGAGAACGUAGACGCUUCCGCGGCGCUGCAGUCGGUAUCUGAAUUGGGUCCCGACCUCCCUCCUCCCGCACGGGCUUUAUCGGCGUUGGCCCCGCCUCGUUCUGCAGCUGCAGCUAAAAACCGGAGCCCAUUAGAAUUGCCUUCGGAGGGUGCUUCCGUGCACAGUCCACGGGCAACUGCUAGCGGACACACCGUGCAGGAAGCGUAUUCGAUUCUGCCUUCGCUCUCUCCUGUUGCCGCCGCCGCAGCGUCGGCGUUACCUCCUGAAGCAUCCGCUCUGGUCCUCGGGCACUUCUUUCCCAGCCAUAUGACCCCAAUUGGCAGAGGCGACCCGCCUGCGUCGCGCGCAUCGCCCCCGCUUACUCCACGAGCUGCGGCAGCCGCCGCCGCAGCGCGUGCGCGUGCGGAAGCAGCGGCUGCGACAGCUGAGGCCGCUGCUCAUCGGGCCGCAGCCGUUGCAAAAUCGUCUGUGUCUCCACGAGCUGCGGACGCUUCUCGGCGCGCCGCAGAUGCAGCGACUGCAGCGGUUGCGGCAGCGAGGCGGUGUGCCUCUGCCUCGCCCCGGAUAGCCGCCGCAGCCCAGCGGACGGCCGCGGCAAUUGCGGCUGCUGCUGCCAUUUCCGCCGCGGCGGCUGCGAAUGCCAAGGACGUCGCGGAGGCCAGACGACGAGCUGUGCCGGUCGCUGCUGCGGCUGCUGCGGUCGCGGCUGCAAGGCAGCGCGCCGCCGCAGCGAGCUCCAAGGGGCUGGCGUGGACUACGCCCCGCGGUGUUGCCUCUCUUCCCAGCAACCAGAGUGCGGUAGCCUGGAGGCCACAAGCGACUCCAGACAGCUCGCAUCCGCCCCCGCGGGAGGCAGACACUGCCGCCCGGUUCAGCUGGACGCCGUUUCCUACUUCCGCUGCUGCAGCCGCAGCCGCGGCAGGGGCCGCUGCGGCGCGCGCCGCUCGCGGGCUCGCGUUUGCCUCAGCAGCAUUGGGUCGGCCGGGGCACCCUCUUGGGAGCGCCGCCGCCUCUACUCCAAGGGCACACCGAGCUGGAGAGGUCUCCUCUGCCGCUGUGUCCCAUGAUUUCGAGAGCGCACAAGCAGAGACCAAUGCUCGAGAGCGAUCGCCGUCGGUUGCUGCCAUCCCGCGCUCGCAGAGCGGAGCUGCAGGAUCCCCGCAGGCUCGCGGCCGGCAUCGUCACACGGUGACGCCAUUUCUGUGUGACGGCGAGCAACUACGUGAAGGGGCGCAAGGCGAGGAGGGCCGCGGCAGAGGAAUAGGUGGACUCCGUGUGAUGCCGAGUGACGCGGAAGUAGGCACUUCGCGCCCGGCGUCGUCUGCGUCAGGGCUGGGGGGCCUUCGUGGAACGAGAGCGCCUGGGGAAAAUGGUGGGGAUGCAGAAGAUGAUGUUACGGAGUCAGGAGCCCGGAGUGGUUCCUACUAUGGGCGCCUCAACCACUGCGACCCGGUGUCAGGCCGGGCCGUGUUCAUCAAAAAGAUCCCGGCAGCUGUGUGGGAGCAGCAAUGGCGGCUCGCACAACGAUAUAAGGGAUUCUUCCUGACAGACGGAGAAAACUUUGUCGGCGAGGCCGCAUUAUCUGCCUUCCUCACAGACUGCGCUCCCCUCUGCGUGGCUCCGCUCCUCGCCAUCCUCCAUGAAGCCGGGAGUCUCCCAGAGAGCGGGCCUACCAGUAGUGUAGAGGCUGAAGGACUCGACACAACAUCAACUGGCGGCCGGUUUGUCCUCGUGAAUCAGGGCUUCGGACAAGGAGACCUUUUGGAUUUCUUUGACAAUGCAGAUCCGGAGGUCUUCACUCCUGCAUCGAAGCGGAGUCUCCAGUACUCAGUGACGCAGAUCCUGGUGGCUCUCCAUUCCGCGGGAGUCGCCCACCUUGAUCUCACCCCUGAGAACGUUCUCGUUCACGCUUAUACGGAGGCGCUGCCUUCCUCUGUCACUCCGCAUUCUGGAUUCGGCGCCGGGAACCGCAUCGGCAGCGCCUCGUCUGUUACGCCCUCCGCAAAGCUGUCCGGGGGCUCUGCUCACCGGGUGCAGCUCAAGGUGUGCGACCUAGCAAAAGCCGCCCCGCUUUUCAACUCGUCCCCCUUUCGGCUACCCCAGUGCAUCCUCAAGGCGCACUUCAGUGAUACCCGGUUGGACGACACAGUCGCAACCGAUGCUGCGCAGCCGUUCUUGAGUUGUGAACCAACAGUGGCGAAAGGUCCCUACAUGCCUCCCGAAUGCUGGCGCAUCGUCUACAUUCUCAGGGCACUUGGAAUCACGGCGCCCUUCGCGCAAGUGGGGGCGCCGUUACUGACUACCGGGCGUCCGCCACCUCCUCUAUAUCUGAAGGAUCCCCCCGGUCUUGAAAAAGACCUUGGCGCAGGAGGGAUUGGACUGCAUGUCGACGUCUCGGCAGGCGUGGACGCUGCUGAAUUGUUUUUCGACGUGCGCAAGGCUGAUGUAUACAUGCUUGGAGCGCUGAUGUUUUGGAUUUGGGCCGAGGGGUCGAUCUGGACAUGCUCCGACCCGCGACAAGACACGCAGUAUAACGAUUUGCUUCAAGGCGGGCUCGAGUUCGGGAUCUUCACGGACUGCGAUGGCUGGCCUACGGAACUGCUUCAUCUACUCAAGGGGGCUCUGGAACCCAACCCCGCGCGUCGAUCGACGCUUGCUGAGAUUCUUCGACAUCCCUGGUGGACGUGCACACUUGCAGCGACAUAG